ACGUUGAUCUGGCCACACUUUUACAGCACUGCAUCCCGGUCCGCCAGUUCAACGCGAAAAUUAAUUUCAUCGAAUCGAAUCCUCGUUUCACAAGUCCACACCACAUCUUGUGCGUUCACUAAAUAACACAACAAAUAAAUAUCUGUCGUUCGCAACUGAAGACUGCCCAAUGACAACUGACAAGACGCCCUCAAUAAUCGCAGGGGGGCCAAGGGCAAAGCAGCGCCUGCCGAAGCGGCGUUUGAAUGACUUGCACCAGAGCCAGUGCAACAAGGCUUACCCCGGAUCGCACCGCCAAUGGUGCCACCACAGCCGUGUGCGUCGUUUGAUUGCCGUCGAUAAGUAUGCUGCGCUGCGAUCUCCACCCAAGCAGUCGUGGAUGUCUCUGCCCCGCUGGUGCAUCGUCCUGAUCGCCACAGGGGCCUUGAUUUGCGGCUUUAGCUCGCUCUACGACGAGCAGAAUGUGAGCAACUUUAUGCUGAACUACAGCAAACAGUACCAGGCCAUCGUCCACAACAGGCCGGACUAUUGUGAUCAUACGCUGCCGCUGAACGAAAUGUUUGGCCACAUUCGCCGGCACGUCCUCAACCAAGAAACGGCUCUCGACCAGCUGGAGGAAGCUUUGAGCCGGCAACAAUUUCAGUCGAUCUCCCUGCUGGGAUCUUCGGGCGUGGGCAAGAGUCUGACGGCUCGUGUGCUCCGGGAGCUGUUCCCCUGGCCGGAAAAUGUACACGCUCUGACCAGUAGGGAUAUCUCGGACGCGGGCAGAAUGAAUUCGCUGCUCAGCAACUUGGCGCACUGUGGCCGCAAUCUCAUUCUGGUCGACAACUUGAGCAUGGCCAGCAGGGAUCAGGAGAUUGUUACAGUGGUGAACGAUCUGGUCAGCAGCUUUGGCGACAUCGCCAGACACAACAAUACGCACAAAGCAAACCUCAAACGGCUAUCCAUUGUCUACAUCUUCAAUAUCAAUCGCUGGCUCGACGAGACUUCAGAUGAGCUAUUCGCCUCCAUGCGGCAGCUGCCACACAAUCAAGUGAUUCAAUAUGAUACGCUCGAGCGGAAGCACUUGGAGAGUUGCAUUCGACACGAGGCGGCCCUGGAGCAUCUGCAUCUGGAUCAGGAGUAUGUGGAGGAAAUGAUCCGUGUCACAGAUGUCAAUGUGUCCGGAUGCAAAACAGUCCGUGCCAAGGUUCUAAUCUACGGACAACCCAAAUCGAAUAACACAAAAGACUGACAACCAAAAAAGACUUGGAACCGUUGAAAUUCCUAAACAUAGUAAUAUAUAUAUAUAGAGAGAGAUUCCAUUCCGCCUAUUCACAAAAGUAUACGUAGAAAACACCAAAAAGCGACAAUCCUGUACAGCACCAGUGAUAAAUGUAUUUGAAUUAUGUAUGUAUGUAUGUACGUGUAUAGUCCUGGCAAUGUUAAUGCCAUAAAAGUUAAUAGAGAGAGAGAGAGACACAGAAACAGAGUCCAAGAAUCAAUAUUGGAACAUAACUAGCGAUCGUGGUGCCUCCGCAGAUCGCGGUCUGCGUUGUUCCCUUUGCGAGCCGCGAUACCAAAAGACGGAUAUUAAAUUACUGAUUCAUUAAAUGUAAUCUUAGACAAUUGAUCAACAAUUAUUUCACUUCCACGGUACAGCCUAAAAUUGUCUCAAACAAUUUAAAUAGGAAAACGUUUCGUGUUCCCCAGGAUGGGGUGUAGAUAGUUGGCAUAGCUGCCGAAUGACAAUAUUAACCCUCUCCUUUCCCUCAGCAGACAUUAGUGUUUUUUCGAGACAUUUUGCAGUGUUAGAUGUUAGUGAAGUUUUUGUGA